ACGCGGAAAACGUGGCCUGUACGAUAGCGAACCAAAAAAAAACCGCCCCUGCAGUGAAACUAUGAGUGCUGCCAGCAUUUUGGAGCUCCAGACGUGGAUCGUGUACCAGCGGAUCGCCGCGGAAUGUGCAAACUGUUUGUAAUUUGUUCGGUUUCAUUUUUCCAUUAGUGACAGAGGGCGACACUGAGACACUCUUAAGUUUACACAUAAUUUUCGUCGCCAGCACGAAACUUGAAAGCGUUCUCGUGUCACGUUGUGGCCCCCCGGCGGACAACCCCGGGACCGUCUUCACAAUCUCGGACGAUUGUCGCCCAGGUCGUGUUAUUAUUUUGCUGUUUUGUUGAUUGAUUGGAAAGUGAAUUGUUCGACAUCGCGAGAAGGGAACCCCGACAGAACACACACACACACACACCGGAAGACAAUCAUCGAUUCGAAUCGAAGGCCAACCGACCACACAAAAGGCGGCUAUUUUCUACCAAAUUUCGGGUCGAUACGACCUCGAUUCACGUGAAAACCACCUCUCACUCGCCUCAAAAGGUGUGUAAUAUUGACGAGCAACAAGAAAUCGAAACACAAUCCAAUUUAAGCAUCAACAGCAGAGCUGUGUGCCAAAGAGAGAGAGAGAGGCAAAGAAGGACAUCCGGUCAAAAGGGACGUGCCCACUUCCGGCGGCGAGAGGCGUUCCAGUUGUCGUUAAAUUUAGAUUUUCCAGCCGGGAUCAAGGAACCAAGAAUGAUGAACACAGUCAUGACCGACAAUGCCUUCAAAGCAAAGGACAUCGGCCUGCGAGCGCAGAAGAAGAUCCUGUCCCGGAUGGCGACCAAGAACGUGGCCAAGGUGUUUAUCGACGGCACGACCGCGUCCCUGCUGGACAACGUCUACCGGCUAGCGAAGGCACACAGUGGCAGCAAGAAGGACGCGGAACGUCUAGUCAAGAACAUCAUCAAAAUUGUGAUCAAAAUUGCCGUCCUCCACCGCAACGGUCAGUUCAACGGGGAAGAGCUGAAGCAGGCGGACAAAUUCCGAGCCAAGUUCCAGACGCUGCAGAUGGCGAUCAUUUCGUUCUACGAGGUUGACUACAGCUUCGACUUGAACUACCUGCUCAAAUCGCUGCAGGAGGUGGACACACUGCUCAAGUCCUGUGUGGCACGCCACCUCACGGACAAGUCGAUGGGCCGCAUCCAGGAGGUGUUUGAGUUUUUCAGCGAUCCUUCCCUGCUGGAGUUGGCGUUCAAGCAGGACUCCUCCCCGUACCGGGACAUUAUGGACAAAAUCGUGACCGAUCUCAACAAAGCAAUGGAAAACGGAGAUAUUUAAUGGACUCUUGGCCGUUGUCGGAAGGGGCGAGGUCGCGUUGGCCGGGCCACUUCCAGUUAACCUAGUGAAUAGCGCUGAGACGUCGUGUCUUUUGUACAGUGGACUCUUAUUUAUGUUCUUGUUCUAUAAGUUACUGUUGAUUGCCCUUUAACAAUAUUGCAUUUGUCUGUGUUUAGGAGUCUAAGAAUAGACAAUUACGUGGUUUU